UCAGAGAGCUCCAGUGCCGGGGAAUGGGAACGCUGUGUGGAUGUUUAUGAUUAUAUGUCGUGCUUUUUAGGCAUAAUGUACUUGAAUUUAAGUUAGUGUGAUCUUGAAAAUAAGAAGACACAGAAGUGGGGGAAUUGUUUUGUGCUUAACCAUGGCAGCAGCCACCAAAACCCCCCCAGGUGCAGACCCCAAGCAGUUGGAGCGCACGGGUACCGUCCGAGAAAUCGGAUCACAAGCUGUAUGGUCGCUGUCUUCCUGUAAGCCAGGGUUUGGAGUCGAUCAGCUAAGAGAUGAUAAUCUGGAGACGUACUGGCAGUCUGACGGGUCUCAGCCGCAUCUAGUCAACAUUCAGUUCAGGAGGAAAACCACUGUGAAGAUGCUGUGUAUUUAUGCCGAUUAUAAAUCCGACGAGAGCUACACCCCCAGCAAGAUCUCAGUCAGGGUCGGAAACAACUUCCACAACCUGCAGGAGAUUCGGCAGUUAGAGAUGGUGGAGCCGAGCGGUUGGAUUCACAUCCCGCUUCUAGAUCUGGUGAACAACCCCAUCAGAACCUUCAUGAUCCAGAUCGCUGUGCUGGCCAACCACCAAAACGGGCGCGACACGCACAUGAGACAGAUCAAGGUCUACACGCCUGUGGAGGAAAGUUCUAUUGGCAAAUUCCCACGAUGCACCACUGUAGACUUCAUGAUGUACCGCACCAUCAGGUGACCUGAGCUCACAUGGAUGGACUGAGCUGCGGACUUUGUCUUCAUCUAAGACUCUAUCCUGGAUUGAAAUCGCUUCAGGUUCUUUUAAAAUGUGCCAAGAUGUGUUUUGUUAAGGGAAGUGUUUUAAAGAUCAAUCCGUAUGAAUGUGAACGCUAUACAGAAAAUAAAUGUUUGUUUUUGAAAUGAGGAAAACUCGUCCUGAAUCUCUUGAUACUGAUUUACAGCAGGCGGGACUCCAUAAUACAUACCUCUCCUGUUAUAAAGUCUCAUUUAUGAAGAAUUGAGCAGAAAUUUUCAUUGAGUGUCUGUUUUAUAUUGUACAAAUAGGGCAAAAUAAAGCAAGAUGGAAAGUUACUUGAUGACUUCAAUUCCUAUCCCAGAGAGGUCGCCAUUCAGCUAAAAUGAGAUCCUCCUCCAUUGGGGUGAAAAGAAAAUGUGACCUUCUUUGGAUCUGUCACAUCAUUGUCAACAUUGUAAAUCAGAAAAGACCUUUUCAAAUCUAAAGAG